AGAGCAUUCAAACAGGUUCUACUGCAGAAGAGCUGAAUACUUUGCUUUAUCAAAAGCUGUAGAUGAUGUAGUUGAGUCAUUUGUUGAAUUAAAGGAUGAAAAGAAGAGUCUUAUUCCAAUGUUGCUUAAUGUCAAGGCAAUUGAAAGUGCAUCUCAAACAGCACUCACAUCCCAUCAGAAUCUCAAAAAUGGGCAUAUAUCAAAUUCUGAUUUGGAUGCAGUUAUUAUAGAUGGCAAACAAGCAACAGAUAUAACAAAUAAUGAACACAAAGAUAAAUCUGUGACAGCAAAUGACAAUCACAGGGAUAAAUCAGCAAAUGACAAUCCCAGGGAUAAAUCUGUGACAGCAAAUGACAAUCACAGGGAUGAAUCUGUGACAGCAAAGGACAAUCCCGGGGAUAAAUCUGUGACAGCAAAUGACAAUCCGAGGGAUAAAUCUGUGACAGCAAAGGACAAUCCCAGGGAUGAAUCAGCAAAGGACAAUCCCAGGGAUGAAAAUGCAACAGCAGAUGACAAAUAUAAAGAUGAAUCUAUGACAAAAAUUGACAAACAAAAGGAUGAAUCUGUGUUAACAAAUGACAAAGUAAGGGAUGAAUCUUCAGCAACAAAUGAAAAAAUCAGGGAAGAUUCAUGUUUGAAAUGUGAAGAUGGUAAAUCUAACAAAGGGAAAAGCAAAUCUUGCAUCUUAAUCUGAUUAUAUUUUUUUAAAUGUAAAUUGACAGGGUGCAGAGUAGAACUGCAGACAUUCAGUGCCUCUUCAUAUGAAAUAACCUCAAGUCCCUUGCAGGAUUUGAACAAACAGUAGUGAGGGGUAAAUAAUUAGAAGUCAGCAAUAUUACCUUUUUCUCUGUAGACUGCCUUUGUCUCUUUAAAAUGGUAUAGUCCUUAAAAACUAUCAACAGAAUCAAAGAUAGAUAAGCUUUUAAUAAGUUUAUUAAUAUAAUAGUGUCUUCUCAUAAACAUAUCAAAGUUCAUUUUUAAUUAACAAUGUAUGACAAAAUGUUAACUUUGUUGACUAUACUGGCUUUUGAUAUUUGUUAAUUCUAAUGUGAAUGAUUACUGGUUUUCAGAAACUUUCUUGUUACUUUAAAUUAAAACAAUAAGAGCAAAUAAAAAUUGUGCGUACAUUACCCAUAGGAUUGAUUAUAUUUUUACUUGAGCAUUCCAUGAAUUUUAUAAUUAUAUCUUUCAAGAAGCAACAGACUAAUUGUUAGUUUCAGGUAUAUGUAGUUUUAUUGUUUAGACUUAGAUAUAUGUUUAAGAUAGUAAUUUAGGAUAUAGGAUUAUUAUAUGAUCUAAUUAUACAGCUGCAAUCGCAUUGGAUAGCAGAACAAUUUAUAAAAUCAUAUUCACUGGCUGAAUGAGAUUUUCCCAAUCUAAAAAUAGAACGAUACUCGUAUUCAAUGGCCUUGUACAUCAUAGACUGUUAAUUAUACAUGUGCAAACUAAAUAUAAUUGUUGCGUUUUGUUCUUUAUGGCAAAAUUUUUUUACAUUGAAUUAUCAUCAUUUUUCUAUAAUAGUUUAAAGUUUCACCCCUUUGAUGAAUAUAAAUUUGAAUUAUUUUGAUUUGCACUGAACAUUUCCGUAAUUGUUGAAUGCCUGAUGUUAUCUUUUUUUUACACAGUUACAUGAAAGAGGCUUUUUGUGAUUUUUUAAAAGAAUCUUAGCUCAUUUAUGUAAUAAAACAAUUUUUGACUAAGUGAACCAUUGAAUAUAUAGAGGAUAUUGAUUGAGACUGUAAGUUCAAUACCGAAUUUAUUGCAUGAGUUGAAUAAAAUUAUAUUAUGCGAGCCUCUGGUGAGCAUAAAAUUAUUUUAUUAAACGAGUGCAAUAAUUUCAGUUAUGAACUUACACGAAUUUAAUAUUCUAUUUAUCACAUACCCAAAAUAAAGACCAUUUAAAGUGAAAUAAGAGUCAUUUUUCAUUGAAGCGCCUACAGUAUAACGCUAACAUUUAGCGCGUCUUUACACUAUGUUUGUAUAACGCUAAUGUCGUCACGUCAAAAUAUAUGCACGGCCGUGCAAUACCAUAUUUACGGAGUCGCAAAAUCGGCACGGGUGUGUGAUAAGAUGUGAUAUUCACCGGCACAAAAUCAUAUUGACCUCGGCUAUCGUCUCGGUCAACAUGUCACAUGCCGGUGAAUAUCACAUCAUAUUUAAAGAUUGGCUCACUUAAGUCAAUAAUUUUGUUAUAUAAUCCACAUUAAGAUUAUAUAUGAAAGCAUAUUAAAUGAUUGUUUUAUAGUGUUAUAUCCUCAUAUUGGACAUUAGCAAUAAGUUUCCUUUAAUCUACAAUAUAUUUGCAUUUGAUACUUGUGUUUAAAAGUUUAUGUAAUAUCAUGUUUAUGUCAAAUUGACCUUGAACUUUAUAUUACCUGAACCUUUAUAAUUAAAGUUUUGGAAUUUUGUCCAUAAUUUUGUAUCAAUAUUGUUGCAUUUGGUAAUACAAAUGUUACACAAAUAGUGAAGUGUGGCCUGACUGUUCUUUAGGAAUAAAGGCUGUUUGCCGGUAUUAAUAUCACAUUUAGUGAUAGUUCUAAUUAUAAACUGCUAUUGUCUUGGUUUCUUUGUUUUCCUUUUUCUUUGUCAAGAAAGGGAUGUAUGUUAAUUAGAUAAUAUACAGGGAUAUGUUUCUAAACUGUGAUAUUAAUUUAUUUUGUUAGUAUUCUAUUUGUUAUACAUUUAUAUUUACUUUAUUGUUUUGAUUUUAUUCAUUACCAAUAAACUUUCUGUA